AGCUGCAGACCAGACAUGAAAGCAUCUCUGAUCAUCAGAGAGAACAAUGAAGGAACCUGCCCGGCCCAUUCUGCUUUGUGUGACAUCACUGCUGUGGAGAUUGACAGAAGCUGCUCUGACUGUGAGUCCCAGCAGAUCUCAGUUCUUCAGAGGAGAAUCAGUGUCUCUGAGCUGUGAGGAGAACAACAGCUCUGCUGGAUGGACUGUAUGGAGGAACACAACCAGAACCAGCAGAGCGGAUUGUGGAAGGGGAUGGGGAAAAUGGCUGCCGUCCACCUGUAGCAUGAGCUACCUGUACCCGUUUGACAGUGGAGUUUACUGGUGUGGGUCGUCCAGAGAGGGAGCAGCCAGCAGCAGCAUCCAGCUCACUGUCACUGGUGGAUCAGUGAUCCUGCAGAGUCCUGUCCUCCCUGUGAUGGAGGGAGAUGACGUCACUCUGAGCUGUCUAACAAAGACCACUCCCUCCAACCUCCCAGCUGCUUUCUAUAAAGAUGGCUCCCUCAUCAGGACUGAGCCCAAAGGUCACAUGACCCUCCACCAUGUGACCAGCUCUGAUGAAGGCCUCUACAGGUGUAACAUCAGUGGUCAUGGAGAGUCUCCAUCCAGCUGGAUCUCUGUUGAAGGGAAACCUCCAACAAAAGCUCCGCCCACAUUAAUCGGCUUUCAUGUUGGUCUUCAUCUUUUCAUCCACCUGCUGAUCUUCUGUCCGUACUGCAUCUGCACUCUCCUCAUAGUAUCCUUAUGUCGUCGAACCACAGUUCGGGAACCUUCUGCACGUUGGCGAGAUUACCGAUGAUGUCAUCACUUCCAUUACUCAGGAAUAUCACUUUCAAACCUGCUAUAAUUCUCCUAUUAAAUGCAAAUGGAAAAAUCUGUUUCUGAUUCAGAACCAGCAGAGACCCGACAACACAUCCCUGAGGAUCUCCACACGUCAGAGCUGACUGACUACUGAGUCUCACUGAUG